AGAUAUUCGACCACUCUAUCUACGUCAAACCCAGUGGACCAUGGACUGGCAUCAUACAUAGAUCAUAGUACCCACGCUUGAAUGGCAGACAUGGACCCUCAAGUCCUACACCUCCUCGGUCAAUUUGACUCGCUACAGACAAUUCCAGCUCGACGCGCAGCAUAUCGUGGUCUUCUCGACCGGCUAUCCUCUCACGAGUGGCGUGACGUACAGGAACGUGUGAGCUCGGUGACCUUCCAAAAAGACAUCCUAGGGAGUGUGCCCACCGAGAUUGCCGUCCAGAUUGCCAAAUACUUGGAUCUAUCGGAACUCCAUGUUCUCCAGAGAGUUUCCAAAAAGUGGAUGUCAAUCCUGACGUCUAGCAUGGUCAGUAGAGCUAUCAUCCAAAAGUACACCAGACGGAGAAGCAGUCCCCAAGCAGCCCAGUCGCAAGCCGACUUCGUCCGCUUUGCCAAACAUCGAAUCCGUCUAGAGCGCGGACAGCCUUGUUCCAGAUCCCAGCUCCCGGAGCCCCCCCUCCCCGAUGCCCCCGACCACCCAUGUAUCGACUACGCGCAUGGAAGAUAUGCAUGGCUGGCCGGCGAGUCCGUCGACGUCUACAGUCUCCGGUCCGACACGUUCCAUUCUUUUUGCACGGAAAACCGAGAGGCUUUCGUCAACCUACGCCUCUCUGAAUCUUUCGUCGCGGCCAUCACGAUCCGGGGACACUGCCAUGCCUGGUCCCUGAACACCCACAACACCGCUUCCAUCCGCCUAUCCUCCUGCCACUGGCGCAUUCACGCCGCCCGCGGGGACUACAUCAUCCUCGGACCGUCAGAAAAAUCCGGCCCCUCCAGCAACGUCGCCCUGGUCUGGAACGUAGCACAUCUUACCUGCCAGACCGUCGAAAUCGGCCCAAACCUAGUCUCCAUGGACGUCAACCCCGCAACAAACACACUCGUCGUCGCCAACCUCGACUCAGACAUCGAGUACCCACCAGCCCAGCUGCGCAUCACACGCUGCACACUGAACGAUCUCUCCUCCCCCUCCGCACACCCCUCCACCUCCACCUCGACCUCCACCAUCCCCCUCAACAUAAUGCCCCCAACCGCCGCCCCAAACUCCUCAUACAGCAUCAGCCAACUCACCAUCGUCCAAUCCCAACUCAACCACCGACUCGGCGUCCUCUCCAUCCGCCGACGACGGCCCCACUUCGAUCACACCGUGAUGGAGUCAUCCUUCCGCACCCUCCUCGUCAUAUCCUACCACCCCCAAACAGACACCCACACCCUCCACGCCUUCCAAAAAGAACACUCCCCCUUCGUCCCCCUCAGCAUGGUGUCCCCCGCCGCUGGCCUCCUCUACUACGUCAAGAACGACAACGGCAAGCCCGCUAUCUGGAUCUCUAACCCGGGGUCAAGGGUGCCUCAUAGGCCGGCGCUGUCGAUGGAUUCGCAGCUGCCGAGGGAAGCUACGGGCCGGGUGUAUUCUUAUGCGGAGGAUUUGAAGCUGUUCGGGGAUGAAGAGGCUGUUCUUUUGGCGGAUGGGAAUGGGCUGAAGGUUUGGUCGUUUGGGGAGGGGGGUUCCUUUGGGGCUGGUGUUGGGGUUUGA